AUGGGCUCUGACUUGGAAGCACCCCCAACUUCCAGCAAUCGCUGGCAAGCUUGGGUGAUCUCCUCUCUGAUCAUCCUGUUCUUCUUUGCGGCUGUUGUGAUCACAUUCAACAUAUGCGGCAACCCUUGCCACAAGCAAAUCGACAGCAUCGAGUUGCGAAACCUUCCUCAGCUGCGUCCGCCUCCCGCUCCCAUCCAAGACCCCGACUUUGAGUAG